AUGCUAUGCAAGAAAGGUAUCUUGCUGACUCUCCUAGUAGCAUCCGUUGGCGGCAAGGAAGGAGUUUGGAAAGAUUAG